AUGAAUGCUGUAAUUGUGCAGGGAAACAUUAUUGAUGAUGAGUUCCGUGGUAUAGAAGUCUGGUCUACAGACUCUGAAGAUGAAGAAGUUCGCAAGCCCACGGAUGGCAGAGCUUUUGUGGAAAAGGAAGGAAACUCUAAGUCUGGUGGAAGAUAUUUGAUGGUAUACACCAAAAUAGGGGUCACUCCAAAAUACACAACCAAACUUACAACCAUAGUAAACGAAGACAAUGCCAGUGCCUGUGAUGAUCAUUUCCGGUCCGCUCCAAUCGACAAUACAGAUGAGACUAUUCCAAGCAAACCUGAAAAGGUGGAAAGCAAAACCUCUUCAAUGAAAAAUGAAUCUCAAGCUAAGAGACCGAAACCGAAAGAAAAUAUUCACAAGUCUCUAAAGCAACUUGCUAAACAAAAACAAAAGGAGUCGAAUCUCAAGACGAAAGCAGGGUCAAAGGAAAAUUCUGGUCCAUGCACUCACUGCCAAUCUUGCAGCCAGACGUACCGAAAAAUAAGUUUUGGUCCCAGAUCAAUUGUUGGCAAGAACCGAAAGCCCGAUUUCGGUCCUAAACCUCAUCCUCCUCAUUCUCAACCAAAGCAGAAUCCUAUCAAGAAUGUCAAGGAUGUCAAGGGAAAAUGGAAGCUCGUUUCUGAAGACAAAAAGCAAACAAAGAAGACGUAUGCUAACCCUAGGAAACAAGAAAAUAAAAAUCCUCAACCUGAUUUAAGCAAACCAAAAGAUAACAAAAUCAAGGUUAUCAGUGACGAGAAGUUUGAGGAUGAAUGGUGCUUCAUCUUUACUUCUAAAGAGAAGCGAAACAAGUUUGAUGUGAAGGCGGAUGGAGGGAUCUUUCUUGGCUACUCUCUAGCCUCAAAGGCAUAUAGAGUUCUGAACAGAAGAUCAAAGAAGAUUGAAAAAACUUAUUAUGUCACAUUCGAUGAUAAUUACGUGAAGAAACUUCAAUCCAGUGAAAGUCCAAUGAAGGAGAUCUUCCUACAAAAAGGUCAAGUCACGGUUCCAAUAUCAAAUUUGUUUGAAGAGUACAUAAUGCUCUUUGUUGAACCGGAGAAAGCCACUCUCUCUGAAGCAAAAGCAAUAGAUAAUAAAGUUGACAACCUGAAGGAGAUAAUAAACAAAGUUGCGCAAGACAUGGAAAGCGAACCUCAAAGCUCAAGCGAACUUCAAGAUCAAAGCGAACCUACUCAAAGAUGUUCUACAUUCCAGUGGGAGUUCAUCUACACCAAAGCGACCUGA